GGAAACGUCGUCCUGUGGAAGCCCAGCGACACUGCCCUGCUCUCCAGCUACGCCGUCUACAAGAUCCUCCUCGAAGCCGGGCUCCCUCCGAACGUCGUGCAGUUCGUGCCGGCGGACGGGCCCGUGUUUGGAGACACCGUGACGAGCUCCGAGCACUUCUGCGGGCUCAAUUUCACCGGCAGCGUGCCAACUUUUAAGCGGCUCUGGAAGCAGGUAUCCGAAAACCUGGAUCGCUACCGCAAUUUCCCACGCUUGGCUGGAGCGGACUCGCUGUGGCCCCAGAUCAAAGAGAAACUGCUGGAGGAGCACGGGAAGAUCAAAGUGGGAGACCCUGCCCAGGACUUCGGGACGUUUUUCUCGGCAGUGAUCGAUGACAAGUCUUUUGCACGGAUAAAGAAAUGGAUCGAGCACGCCAAGAAGUCGUCCAACCUCACCAUCCUGGCAGGGGGCGGCUGCGACGACAGCGUCGGGUACUUCGUCGAGCCGUGCAUCGUGGAGAGCAGAGACCCGCAGGAUCCCAUCAUGAAAGAGGAGAUUUUUGGCCCAGUGCUGACGGUGUACGUCUACCCGGAGAAGAGGUUCGCGGAGGUCCUGGAGCUGGUCGACACCACCACGGCCUUCGGCCUCACGGGGGCGAUCUUCGCCCGGGAGAAGAGAAUCAUCGACGAAGCCAGGAACCUUCUGCGCAACGCGGCCGGCAAUUUCUAUAUCAAUGAUAAGUCGACAGGCGCCGUUGUGGCUCAGCAACCCUUCGGAGGCUCCCGCAUCUCAGGCACCAACGACAAACCUGGUGGCCCCCACUACAUCCUGCGCUGGACCUCUCCCCAGGCCGUCAAAGAAACGCACGUGCCCCUGACGGACUGGCGUUACGCCUACAUGCAGUGA